AUGAAUUCUGGAUUCUUGCAAGCCUUCCAGAGGGCACUCACCUGCCCCAUCUGCAUGAACUACUUCAUAGACCCAGUCACCAUAGACUGUGGGCACAGCUUUUGCAGGCCCUGUUUAUACAUCAGCUGGCCAAACUUCCCAGUUCUUGCUAAGUGCUCUGAGUGCAAGAAGACAACAUGGCAGAGAAACCUCAAAACUGACAUUCGUGUGAAGAAGAUGGCUUCCCUUCUCAGAAAAGUCAGUCUCCAGCAGUUCCUGAGCGCUGAGGAGCAAAUGUGUGGGGCUCACAGGGAGACAAAGAAGAUGUUCUGUGAAGUGAACAAGAGCCUGCUCUGUUUGCUGUGCUCCAACUCUCAGGAACACCAAGAUCACAGACACUGUCCCAUUGAAUGGGCUGCUGAGGAAUGCCGG